AUCGGGGAAUUGGCGAUUAGUUUUUGAAACAUGAAAUCAGCAACUGGUUGAUUUUUGACGAAUAGAAUUUCUAUUAAGGAAAAGUGUUGUUUAACACGUAAGAAGAAUAGAAAAUGAACACGACAAGAAGCCUGUUUACUUGCUUAUUAUAACAGGAAAACAGCGUCUAAUUAUCUAGAAACAGUUCUUGUAUCCGCUGCAACAAGAAGUAAUGUGAAAUUUCACUACAUAUCCAAAAAACCAGACAGUUACAUUUUUGCCAAAAACUCAAUGCAGUGUGACAGUGAACCUGUGAUUACAAAACCGAGAGGCCCCAGUCAUCAUUGCAAAUUUCUCCAAAAAUAUCAGCGGCGUGAUAGCAACUCGUGCAUUGAUUUGUGGUACGUAGCGCUCCAGGAUGAAGCGUCUAGGAUGAAUACCCAACAGAAGAACAACAACGAAUAUGUCAUCAACACCUCAAGAAAAGCUGUAGGCGAGGAGAAAAAUCAUAGAGCUAAAAUUCCAAUACUAUUUCAUGGCAGACAAAUCCAGCAGCUUACAUGUUGUCAUGCUUCCUUGGUUAGCCUUCGGCCAUUUCAUCCCUUUUCUAGAGCUCUCAAAAUUCAUAGCUCGGAGAGGUCACAAAGUUAGCUUCGUUUCCACCCCUAAAAACAUCGAUCGCCUCCCUAAAAUCCCACCAAAUUUAGCAUCUUCUAUUAGCUUUGUAAAAAUCCCACUCCCCCCAGUCGAUGGGCUUCCCGAAAAUGUGGAGGCCACCGUAGACCUCGGCGGUCUUGAUGUUGCCGUUCUCAAGAAAGCCUACGACGGACUUGAGCCCGAGUUGACUCGUUUCUUGGAAUCCUCAGUUCCGGACUGGAUUAUUUACGACUUUGCCCCAUAUUGGAUACCUCACAUCGCAGCUAAGCUCAACAUAUCUAAAUCAUUCUUUUGUAUUUUCAGCGCUGCCAGUCUGGUAUUCUCUGCACCCUCUCUUGAUGCGAUGGUCGCGGGUACUGAUCCCAGAACUAAGCUCGAGGAUUUUACGGUUCCACCGAAGUGGAUCCCAUUCAAGAGUAAAUUGGCUUUCAAGUUACACGAGAGUAGAUUUGUUGUGCGAAGCAAGAACCUAGAUGGAUCGGGUGUAUCGGAUAUGUAUCGGGUCGGAUCGGCCAUAAAGGGUGCUGAUGUUACAUUGAUAAGAUAUUGCCCCGAGUUUGAAGGCCAGUGGUUGAAGUUGCUUGAAGAUUUGCUACAGCGGCAUAUAAUACCGCUGGGAUUAAUGCCACCCCCGAUGGAAAAAAGCAUCGUCGAGAACAACGAGUCCUGGAUUGCAAUCAAGGAUUGGCUUGAUGGUCAAGGUAAAGGCUCGGUGGUUUUUGUGGCACUUGGGAGUGAGGUAUCACUGAAUCAACUCCAACUCAGUGAGUUAGCUCUUGGGCUGGAGUUAUCCGGGGUACCAUUUUUCUGGGCACUAAGGAAUCCAUCUGGGCUGCCAGAGGGGUUCGACGAUAGAGUCAAGGGAACGGGUAUCGUUUGGAAGAAUUGGGCACCUCAGCUUAACAUACUGAGUCAUGACUCAGUGGGUGGAUUCCUGACUCACUGCGGGUGGAGUUCGAGUAUAGAGGGGCUCAUGUUUGGUCAUCCGCUCAUUAUGCUGCCCUUUAUCAUAGAUACGGGGUUGAUUGCCAGGAUAAUGGAGGAAAAACAGGUGGGGAUAGAAAUACCGAGAAAUGAUGUAGAUGGAUCGUAUACGAGCCACUCGGUGGCCAACUCGGUCAGGUUGAUUAUGGUGGAAAACGAAGGUAAAAUCUUCAAGGACAAAGCUAAAGAAAUUAGUGCAAUAUUUGGAGAUCAGGAUUUGCAUGACAGUUACCUGCACAAGUGUGUAGAUUACUUGGAAAAUAAAAGACAUGAAUCCAAAUAAGAACUGUGUUGGAAACUUUUGCACGGUGGAUACACUAAUCAGUAUUCAUUGUGCCCAUUCUGCCAAGACCACCAUUAGUGUCAAAUACAUCCUAUCUGAUACACUUUAUUUAGCAUCUAGCUUUAGGAAAAUUAGCCUUAUUAAAGUUGAUAGAUUAGAAUAAUCUGUAUUACAUGAGCUGGCCACUUGUACCAGACGUUUGUACUCUUGCUUCUUUUAAUACUAGCAUGGGUUUGGCCGUGCUAUGUACUGGCCUACCACUGAUAUGAUCAAUUUAAUUAUGGAUUAAAAAAUUACUA